AUGAGAAUAUUGAUGCUUGGUUUGGACAAUGCCGGAAAAACCACCAUUCUCUACAAGUUGAAGCUCGGCAAAACAUCCAAGACGGUUCCCACUGUUGGGUUCAAUGUCGAAACCGUCAAACACAAGAAUAUCUCGUUUGCCGUCUGGGACUGUGGUGGACAGGAAAGAAUCAGACCCUUGUGGAGACACUAUUUCACAGGCACCAACGCCCUUAUAUACGUUGUAGAUUCGUCGGACUUGAAAAGAUUGGAUGAGUCCAAGAAGGAGUUGUUGCGAGUCAUCAACGACAAGGAAUUGGCCAAUUGCUUGUUAAUUGUUUUAGCCAACAAGCAAGAUGUCUAUGAUGCCAUCAAGCCAAAGGAGCUUAUUGAACGUUUUGAGUUGAACAAAUUGACUGGCGAACACACCUGGUCGGUUAUUCCAACUAUUGCUGUUGACGGUACGGGUCUUGUGGAAACCUUGAACUGGAUAUCUAGUCACAGCAAGUGA